AUGGCCUACUACGAGGAUCGCCAGUAUCGACGUCCUCGUGAUCGGCACGGCCGCCCCCCUGGGGGCCAUGCAAAAGAGUAUUAUUACGACGAGGACCCCUACGGCGGCAGAGCGCAUGAAGUCAUGCGCCGGCGCAAUGGAAGUGAUGAUACUAUCGAGGAAGUCCACCCCGAAUACCCCAAGGGCGACUAUGGCUACGAAUAUGGCUACGGUCUUCCGCCUCCCCGCCACUCUCGUGUAUCAUCCGUCCAAGAGGGUGUGCGCAGAUCUCAUUCGAUGAGAGACCGAGACCCGUAUUAUGAGGACUCGGACUAUUCUCGCUCGCGCCACAGUCGACGCCCAAAGAACUACGAUGAUCGACGACAUCGUCAUAGGCACUCGCCUCGUUCUCCCUCGAGCAGCCGCUCUCCUUCGCCCCCCAGACGCCGCAAGUCUUUCUCGGAGCAGGCGCUGGGCGCCCUUGGUCUUGGCGCUGCUGCUUCGUCGACCUCGAGGCAUCGGGACCAUAGCCGUGGCCGUUCUCAUCGCUAUAGGUCUUCUUCCUAUUCCCCUUCCCCAACUCGGAGCCGGAGCCGUCCUCGCCGGGACAAGAGUGAGCAGCGGAUCGCCCAGGCUGUCAAAGCGGCCGUGACGGCGGGUGCAGUGGAAGCCUUCCGAUCGCGAAAGGAUCCUGGUGAAUGGACCGGUGCCAAAGGCAAACGGAUUCUCACCGCCGCAAUCACCGCCGGAGGAACCGAUGGACUGGUCGACCGCGAUCCGAACAAACAUUCGAAGCGCCAUGUCAUCGAGUCCACUUUGGCUGGUCUGGCCGCAAACCACUUCAUGAACGGAUCCCACUCUCGGUCCCGGUCCAGGCAUCGUGGACGUUCCAAGAGUCGGGGCGGAUUCGGGGACCUUGCCGCCUCGGGAGCACUGGCAGCGGCCGGCAAGGAAGCCUACGACCGAUUCCGAUCCAAGUCUCGUCAUCGAGGCCGGUCCUCUUCGAGGGAUAGCUACGACGAAUCCCCACGCCGGGAGAAGAAGCGCAGCAAAAGCGUGACCGACUAUAUCAACCGCGGACUGGGAGCCCUUGGUCUCGACGACAAGAAGGAUUCCGACGAUCGAAGGGAUCACCAUCGCCGCAGUCGACCAUCCCGUUACUCCGAGUACUCGGAUGACGAUGACUAUGACAGCGGCUAUAGGUCCAGGCGUUACGUGUCACCUAGGCGCUCCAGGCACUCCAGAGACCCCAGAGAUGUAGAUGUAGGUCGACCCAGUUACCCCAGCGACAUUCGCAGGCCUCGUGCUGCUUCGACCACCGCUAUGACCGCACCCCAAGGCAACGGUGGUCACAACCUUGAGAAUCGCCACAGCGAGGAUUGCAAGACAGAAGGACAGGAUUCUGACCCUGGAAAUAGUACCGAUGAGGAGAAACAGAAAAAGAAGCUCACCCGCCAGACCCUCAUGGCCACCGGCCUGGCAACCGUUGCUUCGAUCCACGCCGCACACUCGGUCCACAGCAGCAUGGAGCAGCAUCACAAGCGAAUGGAAAUGGUCAAGGACGGUGAAAUGUCGCCCGAGGAGGCUCGCAGACGACGAAUCAAGGGCAACGUCGUCGACGCUGCCAGCAUCGGUCUCGCGGCCAUGGGAAUCAACGGCGCCCUGGAGGAGUGGAAAAAUGUCAACGAGAAGCGCAAGGAGCGCACCACCUUUUCCAAGAGUUGCAAUGAAAAACGAAACCAGCGACAUCGUCGAGUUCAGAGCCACGCUCCAUCCUCGCGUGAAACGUAUCGUCUCCCAGAUGAGAUCGAAGAGUACCCCGCUGAACCGGCUCGUUCACGAUCGGUGGUUCAUGAACAACCACGCUAUGCUUGA